CUACACUUGAUGCAUGUCUGGUCGCAAUUUCUUAAUUUAAGUGAUAAAACUAUUGUAAUUUCAUGCAUUCAUACAUAUCACGAACGAAUAUAGAAAAAGUGCAAGAAAAUAUCUAGUAAGUUGCUCUAAAAAGAAAAAUAUUUGAUAUGGAAAAUUUCACAUUUAUUUAAUACCAGCUGUUCAUGUAGUAAUAACUGUUGACUCUACAAUGAGAUAAUGACAAUUGACACAACAGUGGGACAAUAACUGUUAAAACAACAGUGAAUAACGACUAGCUGUUGACUAAUAAAAAAACAAGUAUGGGUGCAGGUCGGUAUGUAUGAAGAAACUGUGCAAUAUCGACAACACUUUAUUAAAACUAGGAUGGCAGCAAACUGAACGAACAUUAUUUGAGCGGAAUUUAAUUGGGAUAAACAAGGAUAAACGAAGAAAAUUUCAAUGAUCGCCCAAAUCGGAUGAAAAUGUAACAUUUCUCCGAAAAUUUAUUCAGCCUGAGGUAAUCCCUCAUCAUGUAGCGAAUACUAAUAAACUUAUUUGAAAUUUUUAAAUUUAAGGUUCCCAUAAUGGACUGAAGCAAAGUUGGGUUCCCGUUGCUUUACAUUUGACGCUGGAUCUUAUAAAACUGAAUACAAACUUAUACGCGCAUUGAAACAUAUGGAAGAGAAUGAAGAUCGUUGACAAAAUGGAUAUCGUUGGAACAAUUUCAAAGUGACUGCGAAAGCGAUUGUGAAGGAAAAACUGCUGAGUGGACAAUUAAUGGACAUCAGAGGGCUGGACUAGUCAAGCCCCUCAUCAGAAGCAAUUUCUAAAUGCAACGGAACGGAACUUUUGUGUGGACUGGACAGCGGAGACCAGCUUGGAAUGAUGAGGCGAUGCUGCUGUCGUCCUAAACAUGAACCGAUGGCAGAAAGCAGUCAGGAAACUUCAGCUCGUCAAGUGGGACGAACUCAUGCUCCGCCCUGCUCGCUACGAGAUCUGCUUCGAUGCUCCCGGCGACGUGUAUUUUGCAGAAGAAAUGGUCACGGGACACGUGCUGCUCGAGAUGAAACAGCCUGUCAACCUCAAGGGGGUGAAACUGCGUUUCAAAGGUGAAUGUUUGGUCCAUUUUACGGAAAGUCCAUUGAUUCUAACUUCGGAGCGUCCGAGGAAGAGCAGUACAUACAAGAAGAGGUGGAGUAAAGGUGCAAGCAAAGGACCAAGUUUAGAAGACGACGACAUAGCAAGUGACCACAAACUAAUGAGGCAGCUACGAACAAGGAAACCGAAUGGGGUCUCACCAUUGUUGACUUCUCCAUACCGCGGAUCCACGCAUGAAAAAAUCAAACUUCAAGCUUGCGGGGUCAUGAAUGGCAAAAUAAACAAGGGCUACGUUCCUGACAGUGCCGAGACAACCUCUACGGAAACUGAUUGGACCAGAGACCGACGUAACGGGGGUACGGUACAGACACCUCCUGACAAGUCACCUCCCCACCACCAGACGAAACUUCGAGAGGGACCAUCUCCUCAGAACAGCGAGAGCCAUGAUCCUCACAACGAGUUUUCGCCCCGCCACCGGACGAAUCUUCGAAAGGAGCCCUCUCCUCCCAGUACCGAGGAUCCUCAUAGAGAGCCUUCACAGAGUAACACAGACGAUCCUCACGAAGAGGCAAUUUCACCAAUCGAGGAAAACGUCCACGAUGAGUCUUCCCAACGUGAAGGUGUUAAACUCAUCCCAUCAGAAAACUCAGAACCUACGAGCAUUGCUUUCAGUUUUCGGAGCGCUAGUACGAUGGAAAGAAGAAAACGAUUCACCAAAGUUCCAAUAAAAAGUGCAGUUUAUUCUGCGAAGAAUCUAGAGGGUAAGGAAGAAUGCAAUUCAAGAAAACGUUUGAGCAGUCGAAGAAGAGAGACAAGAGGAGAGGGUACUGAAGGCAGUCAAGAAGCUGUUCAUAAGUCAGAUGAUGUAAAUAAACAAAUAGACAAUCAUGCAGUAGAAAAUAACGAAGGAAGUAAAAUAGUAGUUGGUUCUGGUGGCUUUUCCAGAACUGCGAAGUCCUUGAGUACUUCUAGCACUCCAUCCGAAAAGUCCCAAGCAUCCCUGAGACAAAGCAAUGAGGCUUCCUCUUUGGAAUCAGAUCUUGAGCCGGACGAUUCCAAACCGGUUUUCACGAUCGACAGAGUAAUUUCCUACGGUCAGAAUUUCGUUAAACCUUACUUAGCUCCCGGACGCAAUGUAAAGAAAGACUCAACUUUCAGCAGUAAAAAAAGCAACAGAAGAAAAGGGGAGUUCGGACGCCCGAAGUCGAGUUGCAGCGUCGUGAGAGAGAACACGUUGCGGGGACCUACGUAUCACUACAGAGCCAUUGAAACAUAUUUCGACUGUGAAUUUUAUAUUUACGGACACAAAUAUCAAAAGGCUGAAAAUGAGAUGCUGGCGCCUGGAGUUUACCAAUUUCCUUUUGCCUUCAACCUACCGCCCAACUUGCCUCCCAGUUUCGCCAGCGAAAAAGGAGUCAUACGGUACGUCGUGGCAGCCAUCUUAGACCGACCUGCAGCAGCCAAUUUAGUCAGAAGGAAGGCGUUCAAUAUAUUAUCAAUACUCGACCUCAACAUGGACUCUCAUGCAUCUAGUAGCAUAAGUCGCAGCAAAAUCGUAAAUCCCUGUGGGUUGUUUUGCCACUCCGGACCCAUAACGUUAUCAGUGCGUAUCCCCAAAAGUGGUUACGUGUCAGGCGAGAAGAUCCUGGUCAGUGCCGAGGCCGACAACAUAUCGGGUCGCAGCACCAAACGCACCAGGCUCAUGCUACUGCAGGUUAUCACGUACAUCAUGCCUAACAAGAUCAAGACUCACGUUGAACGACGCAUCGUUAAGGAGAUCGUUAGGGGAAUGAUACCCCCGGGGGAGAGCGAUAUCUGGGAAAAGGUUGCCCUUCACGUGCCUCCUCUCGCACCCGCCAACCUCCACAUCAGUGGACGGCUCAUGAGAGUGGACUACUGCGUUGAGAUGGUGCUGGAGCUGCACCAACCCUGGAAGCCACUGAGGGUGAGCUUGCCAAUCAAGCUGGGGUCUGUGCCGCUCACGGCGAACUUCGCAGACUUCUUACCUCCGCCACCGGCCGCUAAGCAGCCUUCGCUUCCUAAGAUAACCUACAAAAACUUACCUUUGUUCUCGUACGCGGAGUGCUUCUUCGGGCGCGAGUCUUUGGAGGGUCAAUACGAGCGCCUGACCGGCGAAGUCGAAGACCUCGGCCCCCAGUUCGAGUCUGUGCAUCCAUUCGCUCCGUCAUUUGUGACGUAUAAAUUUGGAUCCAUGGCCAACUCCAACACCAAAUCUGAAGAACAUUAUGAACUAAGACCCAACGAACGAGUUUCAGGAAACGGAUUGAGAAGCAUGGGUUCGAAAGAAUCCCAAGCUUCUAAUGACAGCGAGAUGUCCGUCCAGCUAGACUCGAAAAAAGAAAUGGAGAUGAGCGCCAUCAUGAUGAUGAAUUCUCAGAGCAUGAAAAGCAGGACUGAGUGGCUCAAUAACCGACAGGCUGGGGGGAUGGAAAACAAGACCCACAAUCUCAAUCACGGGAAAACUCACGAUCCGUUGGACAAUGCGACACGUGAAGAAGAACCAGCCAUCCUGGACGACUAUGAUUUCGAUAAAGAUGAAUCACGUGAUGAAGAGUCUGAUCCAAGCUCCACAAUGCCUAAACAACGCUGGAAUAUAGUUACUUCUACUAAAUUCGCGGCAAUGAAAAUCAUUAGCAAUGGUAAAUUUGAUUCCCCACAAGACUUCAUCACCGAUGAUGCCAGCCUUGCAACGCCGUGAUCGAGUGUCACCAUGCUGAGACGUCAACUUAAUUAGAGCUGGAAUACGGACAAGCAUUUAUGUAUGGUCUCUUAUAGACGAACUUGUAUUGCUCUUCAAUUGCAAGAUUUCUCAAGUAAUUGACAUUCUAAAUGUUUCUUGAUAACUGCUUAAAGAAUUUAUCUUUGUACGGAAGAAUUUUUCAUCGAUCUUGUAUAGACUGCAUCGAAUUAAGAAGAUAAAUACGUUUAUUUCCUUCUCUAAAUAUCGAUUAAUUUAGAGCAAGCUGUUUAUACUAUACAAAAAUUUGAAGUUAUGAAAAAAUAAGAGUUGUAGUUUUAAGUUUUAUCGUGAUUUCCAUUAAAAAAACGAUGUGCACAUGAGGUGGAAAUUAACAUUUGUCAGAAUUCGCUUAAUUUGAUGCCUCUGUGAGCGUCCUGAGAGCAUUGCUAUCGCCAGGGUUUUUAAUUCAUAAUCGAUUUCAGUCUAAUACAAAAUGGUCGAACUUUCUUUGAGAAUUUGGGUCAAUUGGUGUGUAUGAUAAACAUACCUAUCAUAAGUGCAAAUGUUCCUACAAAGUUAGCCCGGAAAUGAGACAACUGCCAUCUUCCUCCGCGCCUGUACUUUUUAGCGCGCGUGUACAGACUGGAUUCGGCAGAUUUAAGAUCUCUUAGUAAGGAACAAUAAGGCUACCGUACACGGGGCAAGUUUUAACCGCUAGUAGACCUGGGCCCAUACUUUCAAAAAAUGUUAAGAGAUCGUAAGUCCA